AUGUCGCUCUCCUCAUCGGCGUGUUGGUCGGCAACAGCCCGAAGACGCGAUAGCAUCAAUAGUUGUCAUACCACCAAGACCGUGGAAAGCCGCAAGAGACGAUCCUGUUCUCCCCUAAGACCACUUCUUUGGGGCAGCAGCAGCAAGUCUUCAUCAGGCGAACCACCAUCUCCGACCAACAAAUCGACCUCAUCCUCCAAAUCCACGAUCAGCGCCAAAAAAAGCCUUGGCAGUAGUAUUACCGGAUUAUUCAACGGCAGUGGCAGUAGUUCCCUUCGAAGAAAUGACGAUGUGGAGCCGCUUGACCCCACCGAAGCGGCAUCCUUGGGGGAUAGUGAUCGUAGUCUGUUGCUCAAUGGGGGAGCAGCAGCUGCUACUGCUGACAAGGGACCAAUGGCAAAGCCAAAUCCGGGGGCUCAAGUUAUUCCACUGGAGUCCGCUCCUCAAACGCAAGAGGCCACUCCCAAACAGACACAGCAAGCUCCCAAUCAAGCCGCCUCUGUCGUCCCGUUUCCACCCGAACCAGCUCGCAAACAACAAAAAAGACGAACCAAACCACGGACACCUCAAGAAUGGGAAGAAUUGGUCGCCACUCAUCAGCGCAUGACCACCAAACGCCACGUCAAGAAGAAGAAGAAGAAGGAACCACUCACUGGGGCCGUGCUACAGCGUCGUGUGUUAGAACGCAAACAACUAAAUGCCAAAAUUUUGCGCAACAAGGUGCGAUUCUUGGAAGAACCCGAAGAGACCAAAGUGCAGCCCAAGACGGCUCAUGUCGUCAUGCCCAAGCGCAAAUCGUUGCCAUCUAGACCCAAACCAUCGUUUGACAAGACAGGCAUCCGACGACACUGUUCGGCAGACAUUUGUUCCAGUAGUGCGGUGGUCAACCCACAAAGAAGGCGAGGAGGAAGGAGACCACAGCAAUCACCACCCAAGACUACUGUGGAACCAACCAAAAAUGUCGGCUCACCUCCAGCCUCUCCUACAAAGGCUGCUGCUAGCAAACAAAAAGUUGCCCCCUAUACAGCUUCCAGCAGCCCCGCAGCGCCAUUACGGAGAAGCCACACGAGUGACGGCGUCUACCAUCCUCCCAGUAGUCCAGCUGCUUCGGUCGGAUCCAUCUACCGUCGUCGCCGUCCACCACCACAAGACAGCCUGGAUUCUUCUGUCAGAAGUCGUGUCUCCAGAAGGCCAUCCUUUCCUUCCAAUGGGGGGCGAUUUGUCGCGCAGAGCUUGGCCACUCCUGCUCUCUAG